GCCCCGCCCCUUCCGUGCACUCGCCCCUCCCCUUCCCGUGGUGCCCUGCGCGGCGGCGGCGGCGGCGCCAUGUUCCUGCAGUGCUACAGCGACGAGCGCGGCGAGCGCGUUUAUACCCUGAAGAAGGUGUCCCCGGCGGGGCAGCCCACCCGCUCGGCCCACCCGGCCCGGUUUUCGCCCGACGACAAGUUUUCCCGGCACCGCCUGGCCCUGAAGCGGCGGUUCGGCGUCCUGCCCACCCAGCGGGCCCGCCCGGUCCUCUGAGGGAGGCCCCGGCCCCGGCCCCGGCCGCGCAAUAAACCCCAUGAGACGGAA